CAUAAAAAAGAAGAGGUGUUUUUAGAGGAAAAUAAACUACACCAUGAAUUGACACAUGUCAAUUCAUGGUGUAUGUUUUAAUAUUAUGUUAUAUUGAUUGAUCGUAUUAACAACUAAACAAAAUCGGCGAAUUGGGAUCGGCGAAAUGGCGGUGUCAAUUGCUUACUCUUCUUCAACCACACUCGUUAUCUCUCCUUUACAAUUCAAAUCCAAAACCUUUCUUUCACAAAUUAAUUAUAAUUUCAUUUCCCCCAAAAAAUCCUGCAUUUUCUCUAAAUUAUCAACAAAAGCCCUCCAUUUUUCUCUCCGAAAUGGCAAGAAAUUCAGCACCCAUUUCGUUCCCAAGGCUUCUGCUUCAUCUUCUGUUGCGAAUGCAGAGUAUGCAGAGGAACCUGCAACCCGUGUGAAAUUCCCUAAGUCUUUAAAUAUCCCUGGUUGUUCGACUUCAUUGUCUUUGGUUGGAACUGGCUACAGGGAAAAAGUUUUUGCAAUUAUUGGAGUCAAAGUGUAUGCAGCAGGACUUUAUAUAAAUCCCUCUAUGCCGAAUGAAUUUAGUCCUUGGAAAGGAAAGUCAAAAUCUGAAGUUGAACAGGAUCCGGCCUUGUUCCAAUCUGUAUACCAAUCAUCUUUGGAGAAGUCAUUGCAAAUUGCUUUAGUAAGAGAUGUUGAUGGAAAAACAUUUUGGGAUGCUUUGGAUGAAGCUGUUUCUCCAAGAAUAAAGAAACCGACUCCUGUUGAUGAAUCAGCUCUUUCAACUUUCCGUAGUAUCUUCCAAGCGCUAUCUCUUAAAAAAGGCACUUUGAUUCUUCUAACUUGGCUUGAGCCAUCCAAGAUGCUGGUGUCUGUGUCACUGAAUGGGGUACCUACAAAAGUAGAUGCCACAAUUGAGUCGAUGAAUGUCACAAAAGCCCUUUUUGAUGUGUUCUUUGGAGAAUCUCCAGUUUCUCCUACCUUAAAGUCUUCUGUUGCCGAUGGUUUGGCAACCACCUUGUAGUAACUGCACUGUGAAAGGUCUAGCACUCUAGCCAAAAUUGUGAUUUUAAAAUUUCCGAGCAAGGGUUUGCCUCAAGUGAACACCGCAUGCUGUUGUGUAAAAUCAUUAUUUUAAUAUUUGUUCAUUAACAGGUUAGUCCAAAUUCAGCAAUCAUCACUGUGCUUUGAUAAUCUUGUGCUCCUGAAACCCUUGAUUUAGAGAUUAUUAGCUCUCUUGAUGUUGGUUAUUUUUUGUUUAUUGUCUUUAUUCAAUAGAUUUCCAAGCGGAUAAUUGGUUUAUCUUGAAUUCCAUAUCC